AUUGUGCGAGGUUAAGUGCGCCGGGCUCGGCCUUGGCGCGCCACUGGCGCAGACAUCGCAACUCUGGCCGCGCUGGAACGGAGCGGAAAGCAAGCGACGCGCGGCCCGCCAACCGGUUAGCCUGUUGCGGCAGUCUCGCCGGCACCAACGCGGCUAGCCACGUGCCGCUCCGGACAGCGCUUCCUGCUGCACUCUGCGCGCCGACAUGGACCGCGCCGUCUCGCUCUACACGUUCCAACCGCCGCCAGAGGACGAGUGUGGCACGGAGAUGACCGACAUGCGGCGCGACUCUGCGGCAGAGCGGCUGCAGAAGCUGAGCGGUCCAGAACCGGAGGAGGAGGCGCCCGCUGCUCCCCUUGUGUGCUCCAGCCUGCCCACACUGGUUCUGGAGAAGGGCCAACAACGUCCAAAAGACCUCGAGGCGCACGAGCAAAGCCUACUAUCAAACAACCACGCACAAGACCAGGCGUCGAAGAAGCCCUCGCUGACGGGCGACUGCGGCGCCAAACCGGAGCCGCUGAGUGCCGCCGACCGCCGGCGGGUGCUGCGCAACCUGGUGGCGUUGAGCGCGGCCUACAUGAUGCACUUCACCGCCUUCGUGGGCGCCACCAACCUGCAGAGCUCCAUCAACAAGGCGGACGGCCUGGGCACCGUGUCGCUCGCCGCCGUCUACGCGGCGCUCGUCUUCUCCACCGUCUUCCUCUCGGUCACGGCCAUACAGUUGCUGGGCUGCAAGAGCGCGAUGCUGGCGUCGUUCGUGCUGUACGUGCCGUACAUGUGCGCACAGUUCUCGGCGACGUUCGCGACCGUCCUACCGGGCGCGCUGCUCGUCGGCGUGGGCGGCGGGCCCUUCUGGUGCACGCAGUGCGCCUACACCUGCGCGCUCGCCGACGUCUACGCCAGCGCCACGCGCCUCAAGCCGCAGGUCGUCGUCGUCCGCUUCUUCGGCAUCUUCUACACCGUCUACGAGUACGGACAAAUCUUCGGCAACCUCGUCUCCUCCGUGGUUCUGUCUGGACGCCGUGGGGACAACGACACAAGGUUGGCAGCAGCUGCAUCUAACUGGAGUGUGCCGGAAGAGUUGCUGCUGGAGACCUGUGGUCCGCGGUACCAUCCGGCAGACACGGUGGCCAACCCCAACCUGGAGCGCCCGCCAGACCAUCAGAUAUACCUUAUUUCCGGAAUAUACCUCGCCAUCAUGCUCGGUUCCUGUCUCAUCGUCGCUUUCGGACUCGACCCUCUAUCUAGGUACUCCGGGAUGACAACGCACAGCGAGCCGUCGCUGUCCGGGGUGCAGCUGCUGCGAGCCGCCGGCCGGCUGCUGCGCCACCGCGACCAGCUGCUGCUGCUGCCGCUCACGGUGUGGCUGGGCCUCGAGAAGGCCGUCAUCGCCGCUGACUACACGGCGUCGUACGUGACGUGCGCGUGGGGCGUGCAGAACAUAGGCUACGUGAUGAUGUGCUACGGCGCGUGCAACUCGCUGUCUGCGCUGACGACGGGCUGGCUGGUGAAGGUGACGGGGCGGCCGCCCGUGGUUCUGGGCGCCGCCGCGGUGCACGUGGCGCUGCUGGCGGGCCUGCUGCUGUGGCAGCCGCUGCCGCACCACCUGCCGCUCUUCUUCGCCAUGGCCGGCCUCUGGGGCGCCUGCGACGGCGUCUGGAACGUCCAGGUCAACGCUCUGUGCGGCAUCCUGUUCCCGGGCCAGGAAAAGGUGGCGUUCAGCAGCUUCCGGCUGUGGGAGUCGCUGGGCUACAUCCUGGCGUACGGCUACAGCGCCUACCUGCGCACCGACGUCAAGCUGUUCGUGGUGCUGGGCCUGCUGCUGUGGGGUAUGGCGGGCUACGUCGCCAUCGAGGUCGGCCGCCACAGGCGCAAAGCGCGCGCGCGCCGCCGGGCCUCCCCUGGCGCCCUCACCCGGACCAAGCUGUGACGCUCCACAGUUAAAGUGAAUCCCCUACGUGCACAACAAGUAUUCCCAAUAACGCUGACGGUGCACGUGGCAACACGCUCUAGACCUAGCAAUAGUUAGAAGACUGGUCGGUGCUUUUUUCGAUAAAACUCCUCGUCUACUGUCUUUUGUCAGUAUUUAUAUGCAACGCAUUGUAGGGAAAUGAUGUCAUUCUCUAAAUGAAUAACUGGAUGUUGUCAAUAAAAUACUUAGUUCUUU